AUGGAUCUCAAAUUCUCCCAAGAAGUCCUCGAGAAAUACCCUUCUCUCAAAACAACCGAUUUUGCAACCCCCUUCUUCAAAGAUGGACGAGAUACGCGUCUGCUUGAAUGGAUUUAUGCUCGUCCAGACCUCGAUACGCUUCGGGGCGAUCCAGCCCGCGUAUGUGCUGCAAUCGAGGAAUAUUCUGGUCAGCAUGAACUGUUGCUCAACGUCGGCUCUACCAAGGCCGACCUCAUAAACAACCUCAUCGCUGCCCAAAAGCCCCAGGUCAUCGUCGAAAUGGGCUGCUACGUGGGCUACUCUGCCAUCUCAUUUGCUAGCGCGAUGCGUAGCCAACAUCCAGCCAGCACCAAGCUCCAAUUCUGGAGCCUGGAGUUCAACCUAAGUUUUGCCUCUGUCGCCACCAAGCUCGUCGAGCUCGCUGGCCUCUCAGAUGUCGUCACGAUCGUUAUUGGUGCUGCCGGAGAUUCCGUGAAGCAACUUGCGCAAGAGAACAAGUUGGACCACAUCGACAUGCUGUUCAUCGACCAUAUGGCCGAAAACUACCACACCGACUUCCAGAUUUGCGAGUCUCUCAACCUCUUCAAGUCUGGGUCGCAGAUCGUUGCGGACAACAUUUUAGUCCCUGGCGCCCCCAAGUAUGCCGAAUAUGUUCGCAAUCACCCCAAGUUUGAAUCCAAGACUGUCAAAUGUCUACAUGUGCCUGGUGACCUUGAGGACGAAAUCGAGAUUACUAGAGUUAUCUGA